UUUGCAGGGCUUCUCCAAGCCCCGCAACCAGCAAUCGGUCUGGGGUGCCGAAGCACAUAUUUGAAGGCAUUCACUCUGCCGUUGUUCUUCUUCACUCUCUUUGCGCUUGCAUUUUACUUCUGAUCAGUACAUUCUCGCCUCUCACACUCACUCCUUCUCACUGUUCCCUCAUCGUCAUCAUAAUGGCCGACCGCGGUCGUGGUGGUAGAGGUAGAGGUGGUGGCGGCCGUGGUGGUGGCUUCCAAGGCGGCGGCUUCCAAGGCGGUGGGCGUGGCGGAGGCUUCCAAGGCGGUGGACGUGGCGGAGGCUUCCAAGGUGGUGGACAUGGCAGCGGCUUCCAAGGUGGUGGACGUGGCGGCGGCUUCCAGGGUGGUGGACGUGGUGGUGGCCGUGGUGGCUUUCAAGGUGGCGGCGGCGGCGGCGGCGGUGGCCAUGGUGGUGGCCAUGGUGGUCGCGGCGGUGUUGGACGUGGACGCACUCGUCCUCCCCAGUACACUGGUCCUGACGUUUAUCCUGGCCCUGGUGGCCAGAUCCCGCAGCCCGAUGAGCAGGUCACGGAACUCGAGGACCGCUGGAUUCAGAAUUACGGGGUCCAGGACAAGAAGAGUGCGACCAGCGAGCUUGAGUCAGGCAUGGCUGCGCUGUCGGUUUCGGAAGACAUCUUCCCUUUCCGACCCCAAUUCGGCACGCGCGGCAUUCCUGUUGUUCUCUGGGCCAAUUACUUCAAGCUCAUCCCCAAGAUAAAGGCGUUGCAUAGGUACGACGUCCGAGUCCUUUCCGGCAAGGAAGAGGACGCUUCCAAGGGAACGAGGCCAGCCGGCAAAGAUGAUGGGCCCAAAGAAGCAAAGGGCAAAAAGCUGGCCAAGCUCAUUGACCUCGCCCUGAAAAAGCUGCCCGGCAAUCCCACCUAUGCUACCGAGUUCAAACAGCAGGUGGUGUCCCUGGCAAAGCUCCAGCUUCCUGGCGAUUCCUACGUGCAGGUUGUCCUCAAUGAGCCCCCCCGGAAGCCUGAGACGUGGUUUGUCCGCUUCGACGGGCCCAAGAGCCUUAGCAUCAGCGGCCUGAUGUCUUACCUGGAGAAGCUGGAAGACAAGGCCAAUGGCAGCCUCUUCCCCAAGUUCCCCGACGAGAUCGACGCGCUCGGCGUGUUGCUCGGCCACACCCCGCGGUCGGACCCCAACACCUGUGCUGUCGGCCGGAACCGCUUCUUUGCCAUCGACAAGGGGAGGAAGGACAGCGCUGGCGAAAUGCCCAAAGACAGCUUGCUGGAGAUUCUGCGUGGCUAUGUUCAGAGUGUCCGUCCAGCGACCGGCCGGCUGCUGCUUAACGUCAACGUGACUGCAGGCGUGUUCCGCCGCGCAUUUAAGCUCGACGAGCUUUUCAGAGACUGGGAACUCACUGGGUUGAACGGAAAACACAACCGCCACGAGGCGCAACUUCUGACCGAGAAGGCCAGCAGGUUGCACAAGUUUCUUGCCAGGUCGAGAAUCCUCUACACGGUCCCGGGCCAGUCCGGCACGAUUGAACGGACCAUUGCCGGCCUGGCGCACGUUCAAGAUGGCAGCAAAGCAAACAAGGGCGACAAGGAGCAGCGGCCACAGUUUGAGAACAAGGGGUUUCCCUUUGGAACUCCGAGUACAGUGCGCUUCUUCCUCCGUGACCCCAAGACGGGAGCACCGCCGCCCGCUGGUCUCAAGUUCGAGACCAUGGUCACGGUCGCAGAGUACCACAAAGCCAAGUACGGAAUUGACGCCAAGAUUGGCCUCCCCUUGAUCAAUGCUGGAACGGCAGCGAAACCGACCUAUAUCCUGGCCGAGCACUGCACGCUGCUUCCGGGACAGCCGAUGCGCUCCAGACUGUCACCAGCGGAGCAGGAUGCCAUGAUCCAGUUCGCCUGUCGGGUUCCGCCAGAGAAUGCGCAGUCGAUUACGACGUCAGGCAGGGAGCUGCUUGCCUUGGACAGCAACCCGUUGCUUGCCCGCUUCGGCAUUUCCAUUGAUAAAAACCUCAUCACGGUCAAGGGUCGGGAGCUGGCCCCACCCAGCGUCCUGUACAGCAGAGAAAGGUCGGCCACACCGGUCACACCCCAGCAGGGCACAUGGAACAUGAGAGGCGUCCAUGUUGCCCAGAAGGGGCGGUACAUCAACAACUGGACAUUCUUCGAUAUUGAGAACAAAGAUAAGCAACAGGACAAAGUUCCAGCUGCUGUCAAGGCGUUCGGCGCCUUCUUGGCCGACGGCAUGGGCAUCGCGAUCAAUAAGCAACCGAAUCCGCCUGGGGGCAUCCGAGUCUCGACAACGGGAGCCGAGGAUGUGCGACGUGCGUUCAAGUCUCUCCAGGAGCUGAAGGCUCAGCCGCAGUUUGUGCUUGUGGUGCUUCCCAGAAAGGAUGUGUUGCUGUACAACAUGGUGAAGAAACUUGGCGAUGUCGAGCUCGGCCUCCCCACUGUGUGUGUCCGCCGGGAGAUGCUCACGAAAGAAGGGGUGGACCCACGUGGCUAUUUCACCAACGUGGGGCUGAAAAUCAACUUGAAGUUUGGCGGUGUCAACCACAAGGUCAAGGAUCCUACCAACAGCUUGUUUGCCGAGACAAUGUUUGUUGGCUACGACGUUACCCACCCGACGAAUCUCGCACCCGGAGCGAGCGCUUCGGCCCCCAGCAUUGUCGGCUUGGUGGCGAGCAUUGACGCCAAUCUUGCGCAGUGGCCGGCUGUGACGUGGAAGAACGAGAGCCGGGUCGAGCAGGUCGGCAGCGAUACGGACACCCUGUUCAGGGAUAAUUUCAAGGAGCGCCUCAAGCUGUGGCGCGAGAAAAACGGCAGGCUGCCGCCCAACAUUGUCAUCUUUCGCGAUGGCGUCUCCGAGGGCCAGUUCAGAAUGGUCCUGGAGAAAGAACUGCCGCACAUCCGCAAGGCGUGUGAGGAUACCUACCCGCCGAAGUCGCGGCCGAAGAUCACCCUCAUCGUCUCUGUGAAGCGCCAUCAGACUCGGUUCUACCCGACGGACCGCGAGCACGCCGCCGGAAGAUGCAAGAGUCCCGUGCAGGGAACUGUUGUCGACCGAGGAGUCACUAACGCGCGCUACUGGGACUUCUACUUGCAGGCUCAUGCAUCUAUUCAGGGUAAGUGAUCUUAGGCGCUUGGACGGCGUCCGACAACGCUAUAUAUAUAUAUGCCUUGGUGAGAUUGACUGGCUGACUUGGGACUUCCUCUGAGCUACAGGCACGGCUCGGCCGGCGCAUUACACGGUCCUCCUCGACGAGAUAUUCCGGCAGAAGUUUGGCUCCAGGGCGGCGGACGUGCUGGAACAGCUGACGCACGACAUGUGCUAUGCC